CUGCCUGCUCCGGUAGGACCUCGGAGAGCGCCGGACGCCGCUACCAGAGGGACUGGAGAAGCGGCCGGAGCCGGGCCGGACCGACGCCUGCGAGCCCGCAUCCCUCCGCACCCACAGCUUUCCGGGCUGGCAGGCGGAUAGUAGCGGCUGAGUAAGUUUUUAAAAUGAAGAAGUUUAAUUUCCGAAAAGUUUUGGAUGGCUUAACUGCCUCCUCCCCUGGCAGUAGUAGCAGCAGUGGCAGUAACAGUGGUGGCGGGGCUGGAAGUGGUUCCAUGCAUCCAGGAGGGACUGCAGGGGUUCUCAGAGAGGAGAUUCAGGAAACCUUGACUUCAGACUAUUUCCAGAUUUGUAAGACAGUUCGGCAUGGUUUUCCUUAUCAGCCCACAGCAUUAGCCUUUGAUCCAGUUCAGAAAAUCUUGGCUAUUGGGACGAGAACUGGUGCUAUACGAAUACUUGGGAGACCUGGCGUUGAUUGUUAUUGUCAACAUGAAAGUGGUGCAGCUGUUCUGCAGCUCCAAUUCUUGAUCAAUGAGGGUGCUUUGGUCAGUGCAGGUUCAGAUGAUACACUUCAUUUGUGGAACCUUAGACAAAAAAGACCAGCUGUUCUUCAUUCUCUUAAAUUUAACAGAGAACGAAUUACUUACUGUCAUCUACCUUUCCAGAGUAAAUGGCUCUAUGUUGGAACAGAAAGAGGAAAUACACAUAUUGUAAAUAUUGAAUCUUUCAUUCUUUCUGGAUAUGUUAUCAUGUGGAACAAGGCAAUUGAACUAUCCACAAAGACUCAUCCAGGUCCAGUUGUACAUUUAAGUGAUAGCCCAAGAGAUGAAGGGAAACUGCUAAUAGGUUAUGAAAAUGGUACUGUAGUAUUCUGGGACUUGAAAUCUAAAAGAGCAGAACUGAGAGUUUAUUAUGAUGAGGCUAUUCAUUCAAUUGAUUGGCAUCAUGAGGGCAAACAAUUCAUGUGCAGCCAUUCAGAUGGUAGCUUGACUUUAUGGAACCUGAAAAGCCCAAGUCGUCCUUUCCAGACCACAAUUCCACAUGGAAAAACUCAAAGAGAAGGAAGAAAAUCUGAAUCUUGCAAACCAAUUCUUAAAGUAGAAUACAAAACCUGUAGAAACAGUGAACCAUUCAUAAUAUUUUCUGGUGGGCUGUCCUAUGACAAAGCUUGCAGAAGACCAAGUUUAACCAUCAUGCAUGGAAAAGCAAUUACAGUGCUUGAAAUGGAUCAUCCUAUUGUUGAAUUUCUAACUUUAUGUGAAACACCCUAUCCAAAUGAAUUUCAAGAACCCUAUGCCGUUGCUGUACUUCUGGAGAAAGAUCUCAUUGUAGUUGAUCUGACACAAAGCAACUUUCCUAUCUUUGAAAAUCCAUAUCCCAUGGACAUUCAUGAAUCACCAGUUACGUGCACAGCAUACUUUGCUGAUUGCCCACCAGAUUUGAUUCUAGUGCUCUACUCUAUAGGAGUCAAGCAUAAAAAACAAGGAUACAGUAAUAAGGAGUGGCCAAUCAGUGGAGGAGCUUGGAACCUUGGCACACAGACAUAUCCAGAAAUUAUUAUUACUGGUCAUGCAGAUGGAUCGAUAAAGUUUUGGGAUGCUUCUGCAAUAACACUGCAGAUGCUGUACAAGCUAAAAACUUCAAAAGUGUUUGAAAAACAGAAGGUAGGAGAAGGAAAACAAACAUGUGAAAUUGUAGAGGAAGAUCCAUAUGCCAUUCAGAUGAUCCACUGGUGUCCAGAGAGCAGAAUAUUCUGUGUAUCAGGAGUCUCUGCAUAUGUCAUAAUUUAUAAAUUCAGCAGACAUGAAAUUACAACAGAAAUAGUGUCAUUAGAGGUACGACUUCAGUGUGAUAUUGAAGAUAUUAUUACGCCAGAACCAGACACAAGUCCUCCAUUUCCUGAUCUCUCAUCCCAGCUUCCUUCUUCAAGGAGUCUUUCUGGGAGCACUAACACUGUGGCUAGUGAAGGAGUAACGAAGGAUAGUAUCCCAUGCCUCAAUGUUAAGACACGACCAGUGCGGAUGCCUCCAGGGUAUCAAGCAGAACUUGUUAUUCAGUUGGUCUGGGUGGAUGGUGAACCUCCACAACAGAUUACUAGCCUUGCUGUAAGCUCGGCAUAUGGAAUAGUUGCAUUUGGGAACUGCAAUGGGUUGGCUGUGGUGGAUUUUAUACAGAAGACAGUACUGUUAAGCAUGGGGACCAUUGACCUAUAUAGAUCAAGUGACCUGUACCAACGACAACCACGGUCUCCUCGAAAAAACAAGCAGUUCAUUGCAGACAACUUUUGCAUGCGUGGCCUGUCUAACUUUUAUCCUGAUUUAACGAAACGGAUCCGUACUUCCUACCAGAGUUUAACUGAGCUGAAUGACAGUCCAGUUCCCCUGGAACUUGAGCGUUGCAAGUCUCCCACUUCAGGACUUGCUACCAGAACUCCCGAGGCAGCACCAGGCUUUUAUAGGAAUGAAAUACCAGCUGUGAGACAGAGGAAUCAAGUACAUCACUUGCCAGAUCAUGUAAAUGGACACUGCACAAGUCCAACUUCUCAGAGUUGCAGUUCUGGAAAACGUCUUUCCAGUGCUGAUGUUUCAAAAGUAAAUCGCUGGGGUCCUGGAAGACCACCAUUUCGAAAAGCACAGUCAGCUGCUUGCAUGGAGAUUUCUUUGCCAGUUACAACAGAAGAAAGUCGAGAAAAUUCCUAUAAUCGCUCGAGAAGUUCUAGCAUCUCCAGUAUUGACAAAGAUUCUAAAGAAGCGAUUACAGCACUAUACUUCAUGGAGUCCUUUGUUCGGAAAAAUGACUGUACUAUCUCCCCUUGUUUGUUUGUUGGAACUAGUCUGGGAAUGGUGUUAAUCAUCUCCCUAAACCUACCUUCAGCAGAUGAACAAAGAUUUACAGAGCCAGUCAUGGUAUUGCCAAGUGGUACAUUCCUCUCAUUGAAAGGAGCUGUCCUAACAUUCUCCUGUAUGGACCGAACUGGCAGAUUAAUGCAACCACCAUAUGAAGUCUGGAGGGAUCCAAACAACAUAGAUGAAAAUGAGAAAUCUUGGAGAAGAAAGCUGGUCAUGAACUGCCCCUCUCCAUCCCAAGAAAUAGGAGAUCAUCAGUAUACAAUAAUCUGCUCAGAAAAACAAGCCAAAGUCUUCUCACUGCCUUCUCAGACUUGCCUCUAUGUUCACAACAUCACCGAGACAUCUUUUAUACUGCAAGCAGAUGUGGUGGUCAUGUGUAACAGUGCCUGCUUGGCAUGCUUUUGUGCCAAUGGGCAUAUCAUGAUAAUGAGCCUACCUAGUCUUCGCCCAAUGUUGGAUGUUAAUUAUUUGCCACUGACAGACAUGAGGAUAGCACGGACGUUUUGUUUUACCAAUGAAGGACAGGCAUUAUACCUUGUCUCUCCUACUGAAAUUCAGCGGUUAACAUACAGCCAAGAGAUGUGUGAUAAUCUACAGGACAUGCUAGGAGAUUUGUUUACUCCCAUAGAGACACCAGAAGCUCAAAACAGAGGCUUUCUCAAAGGACUGUUUGGUGGAAGUGGACAAACAUUUGACAGAGAAGAGCUCUUUGGGGAAGCUUCAGCAGGAAAAGCAUCACGCAGCCUCGCACAGCACAUUCCUGGACCAGGUGGUAUAGAAGGGAUGAAAGGUGCUGCCGGAGGGGUGAUGGGAGAGCUGACUCGUGCACGGAUCGCACUUGAUGAGAGAGGACAGAGGCUAGGAGAGCUGGAAGAGAAAACUGCAGGCAUGAUGACCAGUGCAGAAGCAUUUUCCAAACAUGCACAUGAGUUAAUGCUGAAAUAUAAGGAUAAGAAAUGGUACCAAUUCUAAACUUCUAAAGAAGCUAUGACUGCUUUGAGAAACCAUUAUUCAGGGAAACCAUAUUUAUUCCCGGCAUCACUAUUCAACUGCUAGAAGACAGUUUCUUCCACAAAAUGUUCCAUUACAGUCCAUCUGAAGUUAUCAUAAGGGAGACUUAUCAGAGACACUGUACAACCCAAAGGCUGGAACCCUGGUUAAAACCCCAAGAUAUGGCUGAAUUUGCCUCUUCCCACGUGGAAUGGAGCUAUCAUCUUGGCAUGUCGUUUGCUAAGGAUUUACAUUUAGGAACUACGGGGAGUCCUGAUUUGAAAAAAUCCUGUACAAACAAAAACCAUUAAUGCACUUAAUGAACAAAAAUUUUGCAUGAUAAAUUAACAUCUUAAGAGGAAAAGAAAAAAAAAGCAUGUUGUGACAGAAGAAAAAAAGAUUUAUGGUAAACUAUUUUUAUAAAUUGGACCACACCUGACAAUUUAAAAAAAUCUGUGUUAGAAGAUAUCAGUGCAUUUCAAGUACAUUUGCAAUACCCAACUGAAAAAACAAACAAAACCAGACUUUUCUUUUCAUCUAUAACUUUCAUUAUCUAGAACAUUAUUGAAUUCUUAUGGCAAGAGUCUGAUUAACGUUCUUCUCUCUCCAUAAUAUUUUACAUUAUUCACAGUUCUUGGUCAUAAUCAAAUAUUGCCAGUACAGUAAAUUAUUCCUAACACAAUUAUAUCCAUUUCUAUCACCUUCAGAACAAGUUGCUAUUUUUAGUCACAAACCGUGCAGGGUUGGGUCACCUCGAAGCAUUUUUUCAGCCUGGCUUAUACUCUGCAGGGGAGUUGACAAUAGGUUUGGGGAAACUAGACUUACAGGAACAAUGCAGCUAGCUUUGAGAACUGAUUUCACUCACUCUGGUUUCAGGUUCUAAAGUGAUAUAUUUUUAAUGCUCCAUUUGUAUCCUUGUCUGCCAAUUACACAGUAUAUUACUGUUCAAUCCCAGUGGGGUCUUCAAUUCAAAGGUGCUCUUGCAGCCUGACACUCACAGACCAAACUGGUCAUUCUCUUUAGUCUGAUUCAGUAAAACCUCAGUUAAUGUUUUAGGAAAGGGAUUCUGACAUUUCUGAUUAACAAGGGCUUUCAUUAGAAAUUACUUUUUGGUUCAAUACUUACUAUUAAAAAUUGUUAUAAAGUGGUGGUGUUUUUGCUAUCUUGGCUUUAGUCACCAUUAUGGACAACAGAAAUUUUGUCACUCAACAGGCUAAAUAACAUAAGCCACAGGAUUAUGUCAACAGGUACCAAAUACCUAUUCCUUAUUAAAAGCUCUUUUAAAAAUGGAAUGAAGAGGCUUCCCUGGUGGCGCAGUGGUUGAGAAUCUGCCUGCUAAUGCAGGGGACACAGGUUCGAGCCCUGGUCUGGGAAGAUCCCACAUGCCGUGGAGCAACUAGCCCCGUGAGCCACAACUGCUGAGCCUGCGCGUCUGGAGCCUGUGCUCCGCAACAAGAGAGGCCACAAUAGUGAGAGGCCCGCGUACCGCGAUGAGGAGUGGCCCCCGCUUGCCACAACUAGAGAAAGCCCUCGCACAGAAACGAAGACCUAACACAGCAAAAAUAAAUAAAUUAAUAAACUCCUACCCCCAACAUCUAAAAAAAAAAAGGAAUAAAGAAUAUCCUUAACAUGAUAAAAGAUUAUCUAUUAUAACUCAACAGAGAGCUAGUAGAGGCAAACAAAAUAAAGAUGUCUGCUACCAUCAUUUAAUAUGAUUCUGGAAGUCAAAAGUCUUAGGAAAUGAACAUAUGCAGAUUCUGGGACCCAUCCUAUAAUAUGUAUGUUAUUCUUUCAAAAAGAAUCUUUUUAAAGAAAAUUAAUGGGUUCGGCUCAUUGAAUUUUGAUUAAUCAAGGUCUUACCAGACUCACAUUGUUUCUUAAGAAUUCACCAUUUUCCUGAAGUCCAGGCUAUUUGAGUAGCCAAAAAUAGUAUUUCUGCUUGUUUUUUUAGUUUUUAAAUUUUUAGUGAAUUUGUUUAAAGUGGCACUUCUUUCAAAUGUUCUCAGUAAUUUUGAGAAGAACAAAUUAAUCUUUGAGAAGAGUAAUCUUUGAAAAGAGAUGGGGGAAAGAGUCAGAAAAUGUAUACCAGGAUAGCAUUUCUCAGAGUCCUUGAAUUCUCCUGAUUUCUCAAAAAAGCCUCUCUAGGAAUCUCUCCAGACUCCUGUGAACAGCCUUAGGGUAACAGAACCUGACUUUGAAAUACAAACAUGAUACAUAAAAUUAUAUAGUAAAAAUACUGAAGAAACUUGAGACCAGGAUUUGGAAAACACUGGUAGGCAAAUUGCACUGCACUAUUUGUACCAUCAGUUUUAAGGACCCAGUUUUCUGAUUUUCUGAACAAAUACUUUAUCAUUUCUAUACUUAAAAAAAAAACCUAAGAGUAAAAUAUUGGUUUAUUUUAGAAGCAAUGAAAUAAAGCCCAAAGUGGCAUUAAAUUCAAUGACUAUCUCUAAAGCCCCAAUAGGAUGUGACUUAACUUGUUCUGUAUCAGGGUUUCUCAACAAUGGCACUGUUAACAGAAAAUUCUUUGUUAUGUGGCACUGUCCUUUGCACUGCAGGUGUCUAGCAGCACCCCUGGCCUCUCUCCACUAGAUGCCACUAGCGACCCCCACUCCCACCCGCCCCAAAAUGACAAUCAAAAAUGUCUCCAGCCAUUGACAAAAUUACCCCCAGUUGAGAGCCACUGUUCUACAUCAUUUGGAGACAGAUUAAGUGUGAAUAUGUAAUAUGUCUUGUAUAAAAUUAAACAUCGUUAGUACACAGUAACAAAUUAUUAUACCCAAAAUUACAUGUGUGGUUCAUAUGCAAUAAAAUGCUAUUUUGGGGAAAGCUUACAUGAAUCACUGAAAGAUAACAAUUACAGAAUAUUUUAAAGCAUACAGAAAAAAUACCAGAAAGGACAAAAUAGCAUUUCACAGAAGUGCUUAAAACUGGCUUUAAUGAAUAGAUCAAAAGUUUAUAAUUGGCACAUCAAUUGGAAGUAAGGUGCUUCUGAAAUGCUUGAAAAGAAUAGGUUCUUUUCGUCUUUCAAUAUUGUUUUUAUAAACCCUUUCUUAAUGUAAGGGUAACUUCAUCCCACAAACUCCUGAUUAGUGGAAUACAAAUUAAUGAGGUUUUACUGUAUCAAAAUUAUUUUUCUAAUUCAGAGAUAGCAAUAACAAGAAUCUAAUAUGGACGUGAUUUUUCUCUUUGAACAUUUCUGUUGCACUGACCUUAGCAUGCGCGUGCAUGCGCACACACACACACACACACCACCAUCUCACCAUCAUCAUCAUCUUUAGAAAAUGAGUACUGUUGAUCCAUGUAAUACUUUACAUCUCUCUUCUCUACUAUUUAAAUGUCUUGCCUCUAUCUUAGAACAUAAGAAAAAUACUCCUAGUAACUUGAACAAUGAUAGAGAAAAUGACUCUGAGCCUUAGUUGUCAUCAAAAUUACAUUUUGUCUGCUUAAGGUGACAUCAGAAGAUAAGGCUUGCAAAUCAGUCUCUCUACAAGUUGACCAUAUCUCAUUAUGAUUCCCUGAAGAGAUAACCCCUUCUUAGUGUCCCAGGAGAAAAUGGGCCUUUAGCAUUAUAAUUCAUCAUGGAGCUAGAGGUAUUUUUUUUCCUGGUUCUAAUAUGCGAGCAAUAAUCCCUACCAAGAAAUCAUCCAUUAACCUUGGAGUUUGGAGGGAUGGAUGAUUGAUUUAUCAUUUAUUUUAAUCCACUGCAAAAGCAGUACUGCCAGCUCUGCUUUCUACACUUCAUUGAGACCCAGACUUAGUGCCCGUCAUCAUCAUGGCCAUUAUCUGACUAACUUUGGAAGGAUGGUGACAGAACUGAGUGAGAUGUUUUCUGAUAAUACAGUCAUAAAGAUAAUGUUUCAAAUCUUUCAUAUAGCAUUUGAAUGAUUCUCCAGUUAAUAAAUCAGAAUCCAGGUCUCUAGUACUCGAAGAUCUUAAGGGAUUGUAAAGGAAAAAGUUUACCGUUGGAGUCCUUUUUUAAAAUGUGAACCAUGUGUCUGUUAUCUGCAUUAAGGGAUCACCAUGGCUUUGAGGAAAGAAAAGGAAAAUAAAGAUUAUGCCCAAGGUUGGUUGAAGAAGAUUAAGAUUAGCUCUUUGAGAUACUUGGUUUUAAAAUGUUUGGCAGAAGGGAAAAAUGAAGCAUAUUUAGAAGAGUAAGCUAAAAGCCCUCUCAUUGGUUUAGGGUCAUUGGGACAACCCAGGAGUAUCUGUGUGAUUAUAGCCCGUGUCCAUGGGAAGGCAUUGUUAACUUGACCACUUUUGUUCUGAGAGGGCAAUGUCAAGAGUCAGAUGUUUCUGCGAGGCCUGCCCUUUGCAUCAGGAGAAAAGUGGUAGCCUUUGCAGCUUCUUCACCUAUGUCUUCUGUAGCCCCAACCCCACUUGUGACGUUACUGUUUCACAGACACACUGCUCCAGGGGCCAGAAAUACUUGCCAGUAAGUCAUGUAUUUGGAUUGCACCGUUCCAGGGAGCAUGGCUGUAGAAGUUUAUUGUGUAUAUGUGCAGACAACAUAGCCCUGAAAGGACAAAAUUCAAAAUAGGAAAGGUCUGACUUAGGAAAGAAGAGAAAGUGCAAUUUGGUACAAGCGGGCUGGGGUAAAAAGGGACAUGGGAGCCAGAGUGAAGCAUAAGAAGCUUUGAUGAGGAACCGAGGCACAGUUGGUCUAUUUAUACAUUUAUGUAGGGAAGUGAUUCUCAACUUUGGCUGUGCAUAAGCAUCACCUAAGGCGCUUCUAAAAUUCCCAGUUACACCAAAAUCUUUCAGAGUGGGUACCAAACAUCAGUGUUUUUGAAAGCCUCCAAGAUAGUUCCAAUGUCCAGCCAAGGUUGAUAACUAUUACUAAGGAAGACACAUUUGUCUACCCUGACUGGCGUCUCAGCCCCACUUCUGAGGGGUCAAGGAAAACAAGAUAUUGGAGAUAUUGGCCAGAUUGAUAUUUAUUCUGUGUCGCAACCCAAAACAAAUGUUCUGUAAAAAUUUCUGACCAGGCAGUGCCCCAUUAAUUCUUAACAUCUCUGUCUUUGUGAUUUUCUCCUAUAUGACUGGCCACUAAUUAUUCCAAUUCAAACAUCUAGGUUUCGACUGCCUUAUACAUGUGACAUCACCAGACACCAAAGAUAUCAUAAGAAAUUUAAUACCAUGCAACGUGAAGUGGAAAACUAAUUCUCAAUAGUGGGAUAGUAGAAAUUCUCAAAACAAUCAUUCACCAAAUCAGGUCCAAAUUUAUUACUCAUUCUUCAUUUGGAGGAGACAUGGGUACCAGGUACCUGGUUCUGCCACAGCUAUAUUUUAUUGGAUUUGAUCUUAGCAAGAAGGGAGAGCAACUCUCCCUUUUUGAUUUUUGUCUUUGCUCUCAGGGCAAAGGAGUUUGGAUUUAUUUUCUUAGUUACUGGACAUGUGUUUAAAGGGAGAAGAAUGCCUGCAGCUGACUAUGUGGCCUCCAGUGCCCUGAAAGAGUGAUUUCACCUUCAAAAACGGGAGAGUCCGCCUAUCCAACGCAAUACUAGUCAAUGAGAAAACAGAAGAGUUCUCUCCUCUCACACUGCUCCCCUCUGGUAUUGGCCCAUCCUUCUCAACUGCAAAGCCAGAAAAUAAACUAGGUGGUAGUUAUGGACAAGUGUGCACAGGAUCAAAAUCUCUAAUAACCUAUAAUUUUUAGUACUUAAUUAUGUGAUGUUUUAUUCUAGGAAAUAAGAAACAGAUGACAUCAUUGAUGUAUCUUUCUUUCAUCUUAAGAAUUUUUGCAUCUUUUCAGAAAAUGACAAAUUACUAUUUUUCUGUUGCACUCAGCAAUUGUGACUAUACUUAAAAUUCUUGUAGUCUGUAGAGAUAUCAAUAAAAUUGUAUAUGUUUGUA